AAAAGCCUCCAAGGGUGACAAUGAAGAGGCAGCACCAGAGGCAUAAUUGCCCAAGUGGAGGCAGAAAUCUCUGCCUAGGAGAGUGAGAGCUAAGGUCCUAUUCCACCUGACUCCCCCUACCUAGUUCUGUAAUCCUGGCUCAGAGUAGGCAAGCGAGGCUGCUGUCUGCAGCUGAAGAAAGGAUGCUAGAGAUUCUCUCUUUAGGAGGAAAAAUGGUUGGUUGGACUUCUCUGCAAUAAGAAACACCAUCCUCCAAAGAAACGUCCCAGCUGCCUGAGAUUGUCUGGUUUUGACCAAGUUCGAUGCAGGGAAGCUGAUGACAACAUGUUGUGCCAGGGACUCGGGCGUGAAAGUCUCAGUGACAAUUUCUGGCUGCAAAAGUUGAGUUCACCUGGGGCUUUUUGUGGGCUGUUUGGAGAGCCAGGCUCAAGAGCUGACGCUGAGCAUCCUACCCAGCUGUCAAGGAAAGCCUCUGCAAAGCCGCUAGUGCAUGGGAGUCAAGUAGCAGGCUUCAUCCCAAGGCAACUCGGAUGUGCGGCAUGACUGCGAACCUGGCGCAGUGGCACAGGAGCUGAGCAUGGCAGGGGGCAUGGUCUGCUGUUUGCCUUGGUGAGGAGAAAGAAGAUCGAGAUCACAUUGUGCAGCGCCCGGCACCAGGCUGCAGCUGCGACCCCCAGCGCCAAUUCCCACGUGCAGGGUGGCUUUCGCCCUGUGCUGGGGGCCGCCCCGCGUGCGGCAGACAGAGAGGCAGCUCUGUUUUUUCGGGUGGCCAUUGGUGCUCUCUGCCCCUCUCCCUUGUUGCACUAUGGGGCAGUGAGGAAUUAUAAAACAGCAUGCAGGAGGAAGAGGGCUGCCUCUAGGAACUGGGUCUUUUGCAGAUGCCGCUUUAAAGCACCCACCAGCUCUUUACCGUACUGCUGUUUUUUCCAGGCAACGCCACACCUCCCGAGGACACUGGGGACAUCAGGUUUUUUGCUGAGCUUAGCAUCUUUCCACCAUCAUAGAGAAAGCUUCAGAUAGACACUGAUCUGCCCUGAAGUAAAGAGCUGCAACAGCCAUCAAGAGGCUUUUCCUCCUUUGCCUGUCCAAUCCCACCCCAUUACCAGACCUAACCUGCACAAUCUGGAGAGCUAACCCCCCCCCACCCUUCCUACGAUGACUCACCAUUAUUUUGAACUUUGAAGAGAGGAACUUAUGGGGAUCUUGGAAGCCUGUAUCUCUCUCUAGGAUUUCCCCAGAGUCAAUUAAUCUGUGUCACUAAGAGACACUGAGAUUUGCUUCUCCAGGUAAUGCGAUUUGUUUUCUGUACGCAGUGGUCGUUUGCAAAGAAGGAGGGGAGAGGAGCCACAGAAAAAAAAUCUCGAGGAUGGGAAAUGCAGUAGUCAAACUGUCAGCUAGCACAGGUGUUUGCAAAUUAACUAGCCGCAAAAAAAUAAACCAAACCAUUUGGCUGUAAAGCCUAAAGAGAGAGAGAAAAAUUAUCAUAGGGAAGCAUGUUGGCUUGCAAUUUUAUUUCCAGUGCAAAAGAACGGUGAACGUGUUUAACUUUAAGUUGGAGACAUUAAUGUGCUCCUUUAGGUUAACACUGAAUUGCCUGCUAUUGCAUGGUUGAUUUCUAACCCUUAAGUGCAUGAGCAGAAUCUAUUGAUAUCAUAUUCAUUUUCACUGGCAUCCAGAGUUUAGUCCCUUGAAUAGAAAAGAAUUCAGUGAUUUUUUCUUGUAUUUUUUAAAAAAAGUUUGGUUUUGCCAAUGCAAAUGUUUCCCUCGUUUUCAUUAGAAAGGUUUCCUCAAGUGCUUUUUCAUCAGCACCGGAUAUUGGGACCGGAGUUUUCAAACUCUGCACCAAGAAAGCAAAUUAAAAUCAGCUGAGGAAUAUGCUGUAUAUUCUGCCAGGUGCAGGUUCCUAAUACACACAACUUUAAUUCGUCUCUCUCUUUCUCAGCAGGCUAAAAUAUUUCCCCCUCCCCGAUCAUCCCUCUGCAUUUUCAUGAGCCACUUCCAAACCUAUGAACUUGUCCUUUCCCAGGAGAGUAACCUUCCCCUGAACCUGAUCCCAGCACCGGGCAGCCGGAAGAGUUUAGAUUAAGGAUUGCUUUUAAACCUAAAUAUGACAGUUGCUACUGGAGACCCCACAGAUGAAGCGGCAGCUUUGGCAGGUCAUCCUCAGGACACCUAUAACCCUGAAACCGAUCAUGAAUGCUGUGAGAGGGUGGUCAUUAACAUCUCGGGGCUGCGGUUUGAAACGCAACUCAAGACGCUAGCUCAGUUUCCAGAGACCUUGCUAGGGGACCCUAAAAAGAGAAUGAGAUAUUUCGAUCCUCUCCGGAAUGAAUAUUUCUUUGACCGAAACAGACCCAGCUUUGAUGCUAUUUUGUACUACUACCAAUCGGGUGGCAGGUUAAGGAGGCCUGUCAACGUGCCCUUAGACAUCUUCUCGGAGGAGAUCAGGUUUUAUGAACUCGGGGAAGAAGCCAUGGAGAUGUUCCGAGAGGAUGAAGGAUACAUUAAGGAAGAAGAAAGGCCUUUACCGGAGAACGAGUUUCAGAGACAAGUGUGGCUGCUCUUUGAGUAUCCAGAAAGCUCAGGGCCCGCCAGGAUUAUAGCUAUUGUCUCUGUCAUGGUGAUUCUAAUCUCCAUCGUGAGCUUUUGCCUGGAAACACUGCCUGUUUUUCGGGAUGACGAAGACCUGCAUGGUGGUGGGAUGAGCCAUCACCCCUACUCCAACAGUACCAUGAGCUAUCAGCAGUCGACCUCUUUCACAGACCCUUUCUUUAUAGUAGAGACACUUUGCAUCAUUUGGUUCUCCUUCGAGUUCUUGGUAAGGUUUUUCGCCUGCCCCAGCAAGGCUGGGUUUUUUACCAACAUCAUGAACAUUAUUGACAUUGUAGCUAUCAUCCCGUAUUUCAUCACUCUAGGGACCGAACUGGCUGAGAAACCAGAGGAUGGCCAGCAAGGCCAACAGGCCAUGUCUCUGGCCAUCCUUCGAGUCAUCCGCUUGGUGAGAGUUUUUAGGAUCUUCAAACUGUCCAGGCACUCCAAAGGGCUGCAGAUCCUGGGGCAGACACUCAAGGCCAGCAUGAGGGAACUAGGUCUCUUGAUAUUUUUCCUCUUCAUUGGCGUCAUCCUCUUCUCCAGCGCCGUCUACUUCGCAGAGGCUGAUGAGAGCGAGUCUCAGUUUCCCAGCAUCCCAGAUGCGUUCUGGUGGGCUGUGGUUUCCAUGACCACAGUUGGCUAUGGAGACAUGGUCCCCACGACCAUCGGUGGGAAAAUAGUGGGCUCCUUAUGCGCCAUUGCAGGUGUAUUAACGAUUGCCUUACCAGUACCAGUCAUAGUGUCCAACUUCAACUACUUCUAUCACCGCGAGACGGAAGGAGAGGAGCAAGCCCAAUAUUUGCAAGUGACCAGCUGCCCAAAGAUCCCUUCUUCCCCUGACCUAAAGAAAAGCAGAAGUGCCUCCACUAUUAGUAAGUCUGAUUAUAUGGAGAUACAGGAAGGUGUAAAUAAUAGUAAUGAGGACUUUAGAGAGGAGAACUUGAAGACAGCCAAUUGCACCCUGGCUAACACAAAUUACGUUAAUAUCACCAAAAUGCUAACUGAUGUGUAGUCCUGAAAACCUGUUAACAUAUUUAAAGCUGAAGUGGAACAAUUGCAGAUAUUGCAUAAUACCCUGCAUUGUAGUUAAAACAGUAUGUUCUACAGCGUGCAUUUGGUUCUGCAUGGGAAGCAAUAGUUGUGUAAGUGACUUUCUAAACUUCUUAUUUAGACACUGAAUAAGCUUUCUUGCAAAAAUUGUUUUUUUACAUCACAGGUUUAUGGGUUUCCAGAGACAUAGAGCAUGUAGGCAUUCAAAACAAAAUUAUAUCACUUGCAAUCCCAAGGAUAUUGAACAAAAAAGUCAUUCGAGAAACCUCAUGUAAACAACAGUACCCACAAAUGUCAAGCAGAAAAAGUGUUUCACUGCACUCGACACAUACAAAAAUAUAUCCCAAGGAAAUAGCACACAUCUAGCUUCCAAGCGUAUGGAUUCAUAAUGAAAAGGUCAUGCAUAGUUUAAUUAAAGGAACAUACAUCCAGGCGUCCAAAUUACUUUAAGGCUCAGAUUUCUGCCUUGGAAAUGCCAACCAAGAAUACAUCAUGCAGGCUUGUGUUUCAUAACUGAAAAUGCUGCAUGCUGCAAUGGUUUCAUCCACUGCAGUAUGUCAGUGUGAGACCUAGGGGAGAGAGAAUUAGCAUGACAGAACACUAUUUAUUAAGUCUUAAAUUUUCUAUGCCGGCGAUAGGAAGGGAUACAUAAACAAAUCAAGAGCCUGCUUUUUAUUUGGGUUUUUUUUUUAGAUGACACUUCCAUCUUCACUAUCUUCAGGGUCACCAAAGACACAUCCACUGACACAUUCAAAAUGAGUUGAAAAAGCAUAUUUUUUUGGAAUACUGGAGCAAACUAUGCUGUGGCCUAUAAUAUAUUUAUACUGCAGUGAAAUUUAAUCAGUAAUACAGUACUGCUGCAUGGAUAUUUGUUGCAUGACAAUAUUGAAUACACAUACAAAUAUAUUUUUUCUUAGUAGACUAUACAGUAUUCAUGUUUAUAGUGUUUAUAGAUUCUCCGAUGACUUGAAGGAGAUUCAUGGAAGUAAAAAGAAAAACAAGGCUGGAUUAGGGCAAGGCAUGGGCUGACUAAAUUUGAGAAGCAAGGCAAAGCUUUCUGGGUGCUUCCUGGUAGUCACUGAAACGGAGCAAAGAAUUGUACAAGUGAAGGAAGGUGAGCUGAAAGUUAAGCACCUGUGCUCAUCACGUGGGGAGGAACUAGUAAUUAAUCUUGGUGUUACAAGCAGAAUUCCACGGCUGACCAGAGAUGGUACAAAGGACAGGUGGCAUUGUGUGUUAAAGAACUCCUGACUCUAUUGUUCUGCAACCAUCAGCUUCAUUAUAUAUUAUCAUGUUGUAUAUAGAAAGACAGGGACAGAUCCUCAGCUGCUGUGAAUUAGCUUUAUCAGAACCACAGCAAUUGACACCAGCAGAGGAUUGGGCUUGAUGUAUGUAAUAUAUAUAUGUGAUAUACAUUCAAAUGUUCUAUGAGCUUAUGCAAUAUAACACUGGCACAAAGCAAUUUAUAGGCCAGAUCCUCCGCUGGUGUAAACUAGUUUCAAUGGAGCUACAGUACUAAGCAACACCAGCGGAGGAGUUGGCUUGGGUAUGACUAGUUGUAAUACGGGAUAUAGGAGUUCAGGUUUGGAGUGGAAAACUAUUGCCCUGCGAUUGACCUCUGCUCCGAAACAAUAUACCAACAGCCCGCAGCUCUUGGGCAGAAUGGCCCAAGCUCUGCCCUCACUGGCACACACUGAAGUCAAUGAGAUUACACGGGUGUCAGUGAAGGUGGGAUCCGGCCUGCUUCCCAGAUGGCCCCUUGCUUUCAAUUAGUGGGGCAAGAGUUUCCCAUUAUUAUAAAGCUCCACCUUCUAGCACACCUUUUGAAAAUGCACCCGGGUCCUAACUGUGCUGCAGCUUCAGCUGGCCUGUGCUGAGCCCUCUCUGUUUUGGCUCACAGAGGGCGUGCAGCCCUCUCACCCUAAAGCAGAACUCCUUCGCUUUGGGCCGCACCUUGUAAUCCCCUCCCAGAAUAGAACUUCCCUUGAAAUCAAUGGGACUUUCCCCAGAGCGCAGGGAACUCGCCUCUGUGCAGAGAGUCCGCAAAAGGACUGCUCAACAAUUCAGACCCACAGGCCAAAUGUGAUGUACCGGCUUUGCACAGGGGUGAAGGCAGGGCUGGAUCUAAAGACUGGUCCAGUGAUUCCCUAGAUCCUGGAGCACUUAUUCUGUAUUGACUCAGUCUUCAAGCCCGCAACUUCCCCCACUCCAUUGAUUGCAGUGGAAGUUCUGCCUGAAUAAAGAACUCAGGGCUUGCCCCAUUCCCUUUCCAAUCCCGGUCUUCUUCCAGAAUAGUUGGGAGCCUCCCAUUGCUCCCACGAAUGUUUCAAGUGGAUUAUAGUGAUCUGUCCCUUUCCCCAGGCACGUGCUUAUUUACUUCCCGUUUUCCCAUAGUUUCCACGUCCAGAAGCGUAGCUGACAAUCCGAACAGCGGCAGGAGAGAAAGGAAUUUCCCCAUUGUUUGAUAAACCAACCAACAGAGGCAAUCUUCUUUUCAUACAUGUGCCACGGCAUCAGAGAGUGCCCGGCCGCAAGAUCUGUGGCGAAGAUCUCAGCCACUAGCUAGCUGGUCAGUAGAACUCUGAAACCAGCGAUUAUUUACCUUGUUUAGGCCUCAGGCUAGGGAAGCAUUUAAGGACGUGCUUAAACUUAAGCACAUGCUAAGUGGUAUGCUGAAUCGGGGCCUUAGACUCCCGUUGCACUUUGGAUCAGGCAAAUCGAUUUCUACCUAUCGUCAUUUUCAUAGGCCGCCGUGAGAGAAAGGAUUAUUUCUAAUAUCCCUGAUAAAAUCCAGGUACUACCCUAGUCAUCAGCAAUGGUUCCAAACAUUGCUCUGGUCCCAAUUCUCCUCUCACUUACAGUAGUUUCACGCCACUGGUCCAAAUGAAGUUAGUCUUGAUUUACACCUGUGCAAGGGAGAGAUGAUUGACUCCAGCCCAAUAGGACUGGUACUACAGAACUUUCUCCAGUUAGGGCAAAAGGGCCUGACUCCUGCAAGGUGCAAAGCACUUUCAGCUCCAGUGCCCUUCAGUGGCAGUGCCUGGCACUCAGCACCACGCUGCACUACUGCAGCGGAUGUAUUUUUUUAAAUGAGGGAUCUUAAUUCUCUUGCUUCACUGGUGCAAGCAAUGAACAACAAAAGUGCAUUUUUUGCCUUGUUCAUUUAAACCCAAUCAUUUUUACCUCUAAAAAUGUAAUAUAAAAAAUAAAAAUAAAAAGCAAUAAACCUUAUUAAAAGAAUAAUUACAUCAUAUUCUAUAGCAAUGGUCCUAAACCAGUGCCACUUGCAGCUCAGUCUGAAUUCCCAGUGAGGCCAGCCAGCCUAAAUCGAUCAGUCGGCCCCCACCAUUGUAGCAUCUGAGCACCUCAUAAUCUGUAAUGUAUUUACCCUUACAGCACCCCUGUGAGGUGGGGCGGUGUAUUAUCCUCAUUGUACAGAUGGGAAACUGAGGCAGAGUGAUACUAA